AUGUCUCACCAACCACCGCCGGAAGACGACGGCCUCGCCUAUGGCAACGACUAUUCUCAGUCUCGAGGAAGCGGUGGACAAGGUGCUUCCAAUCGAUCACUUCUGGGAGGUACCUUUCAAAAGAUCAAGUCCGAUCUAGACAGGUUUAAGACUUCUUCGUCGUCCUCCUCCUCCCAGCCGUAUGCAUCCAAUCAAGCCUACUACGCCCAGAAUCAGAAUACCGGAAACUACUCCCAGACUGGACAGUCCCCUUAUGGAGAAAAUCCAAACUAUCAUGGAAAGCCAGACAUGGUCGGAAAGCUUUUCGGCACUCUGCAAAGUACUGUCCAUAACAUCGGUACCGAUGUAGCCAGCUUGGUAGACCCCAACUAUAGGCCUUCAUCGCAGUAUGGGUCUCAACCUCCCGGGCAGACGGGCUACCCUUCCUAUGCCAGUACGCCUGGUCAACCUGCUCAACCGCCUGUGCAGAACCGUUUUGACAGCUUCGCAUCUGAGAAGCCCGGAAACGAUGUCAAGUGGUAUGUUGAUGGCUGCGGAUACUUUUGGGCCGUUAGUCAAGCACUUGAGGCAGCGAAGCAUUCUAUCUGGAUCUUGGAUUGGUGGUUGUCUCCAGAGCUGUACCUGCGUCGACCCCCAUCUCAAAACGAACAAUGGAGACUCGAUCGUACACUCCAACGAGCUGCACAACGCGGUGUCAGAGUGCACAUCAUCGUGUACAAAGAAGUGACACAGGCUUUGACUUUGUCUUCCGCGCACACCAAACACGAACUCGAGAAGUUGUCACCUAACAUCUCCGUAUUUCGCCACCCGGACCAUCUCCCUGAUUUUCAGACAGGACAGUCGUCCCUGAUAUCCUCCUUCGAAGGUCUCAAGCUUGAUGCUGCUGGUGCCUCGAGACUUGGAGCUGAAGCUCUGAAAGGCAUCUAUGGCAUCACUGACGACGUCAUUUUGUACUGGGCGCACCAUGAAAAGCUGUGCAUCAUCGACAGCAAUAUUGCUUUCUUGGGUGGUCUAGAUUUAUGCUUUGGUAGAUGGGACACCAAUCAACAUGCAAUUGCCGACGCCCAUCCUCUUAACAUCAAUGAGACUGUCUUUCCGGGUCAAGACUACAACAACGCUAGGGUCGCGGACUUUAGUGAUGUUGCCAAUCCGUUCCAGAACAAACUCGACAGGACAAAGAGCUCUAGAAUGGGUUGGUCCGAUAUCAGUUUAUGUAUCCAAGGGCCGACAGUACCAGAUCUUGGUCACCAUUUUAUUGACAGAUGGAAUUUCAUCUUCGAUGAGAAAUACAAUGACCAAAAAGACCCACGCUACUACAGAAUCAUAGAUGACUAUCCUCACGCAUCUACCGGCCUCGCACAGCGACCUCAAGCCCAACCACGUCCACAACAGCAAACCCAGAACUAUCUUCAAGCUCCCGCAACAGGCACCGCUUUCCUGCCGCCACCCGGAAGUCAACCAUACAGUCAACCAGCCUGGCAGAGCACCAGCAGACCACAUACACCGAACACAGAUCCCUACCACGUACAGAAUCAACCACAAAGCACAACAGGCUCGUAUACUGGCUAUGAUCAGGUCGCGAGCCCUCCACCACCAUCACAAACUGCAGCCGCGGGGAUCACCAGCGGAUACGGUCAAGGUCCAAGCCCUUCAUACCAGGGGACACAAGCUCAGCCCGUUGACACCACUGGUGGAUAUAGUUCUGCGCCGAGUCAAGGUUAUCAGCAGAACUACCCACCUCCACCUCCAAUACCCGCUCCACAGCCAUCUCCCGGUCCAGCCCAAGGCUCCACAGGAUAUCACCCAGCUCCCAGCCCAAGCCCGAAUCCUACUCAAACAUACUCAUCGUAUAGUCAAGCACCAACUGAGCUCUCCUCUCAUCAACCAGUCAGUCAACCCUACCAGUCACCACCCAGCCAGCCUUACCAGCCACCGGCAUAUCAACAAUCCGGGACGGAGCAAAGUCGAGGCCUUGAAGGCUAUGAAGGCGAGCAAACUCGAGGCAGUGAGAGCUACGGUUAUGGCAACGAAAACGACGGAGGAUACGGUAGUGAACGAGGUCUUGGUGGCAGAAUCGACCAAUACAAGAACGAUGGACGGAGAUUGGGCCAGGAACUCUCAUCCGUCGGCAACAUGGUAUCGGGCGGAGUUGGCGCCAGGUUCAAUCAACUGCAAGGCAAAUACAUGGGAGGCACGGACAAGUAUGGACGCCCAUACAAUCAACCUCAAGGCCCCAUGAUCUGUCAAAUGCUGAGGAGUUGCACCAAAUGGAGCAAUGGCAGUCCCCUCGAACACUCCAUCCAGAACGCUUACAUCGACGUCAUUCGGAAUAGCCAACACUUCGUCUACAUCGAGAAUCAAUUCUUUAUCACAGCUACGGGUGAGCAGCAGAAACCAGUUCAAAACCUGAUUGGUCAGGCUAUCGUCGAGCGAAUUUUACGAGCUGCCAGAAGCGGACAGAAGUAUAAGGUCAUGGUUGUCAUCCCGGCCGUGCCAGCAUUUGCGGGAGACUUACGGGCUGAUUCCUCGUUGGGUACCCGGGCUAUUAUGGAAUUCCAAUACAACAGCAUCAAUCGUGGCGGUCAUUCAAUCAUGGAGAAGAUUGCUCAGGCCGGGUACAAUCCCAUGGACUACAUCCGGUUCUACAAUCUGAGAAACUAUGAUCGUAUCAACAGCGGCAACGCUAUGAGACAAGCCGAACAGGCAAGCGGUGUAAGCUAUGAAGAUGCACGAAAGCAACAUGGUGACAUGGUGGGUGCUGGCUAUGGGACUUACGGAGGGACUGGUGCAUAUCAACCUUCGCAGGCGCCACAAUACCAACAAUAUCAAGCAGCCGCUCAGAAUGUUACGCAAUCUGCAGGCAGUCGCUGGGAUACUGUGUCGGAGUGUUACAUGCUCGGCGGUCACGACAUUCGGACUGUCCCUUGGGACGGCCCGCCCGAAGCAGAGCUUGAUGCCUUCGUCAGCGAAGAACUGUACAUCCAUACAAAGUGUCUUAUUGCGGAUGACCGUUUCGUCAUUUGUGGCUCCGCAAACUUGAACGAUCGCAGUCAACUCGGCUCGCAUGAUAGCGAAAUCGCACUAUUCAUACACGACUCUACUCCUGUACAGACAUACAUGGGCGGGCAACCGUACACAGCGAACCGCUUUGCAGCCUCUCUAAGACGACAAUUGUUCCGCAAACACCUCGGAUUGAUUCGUCCGCAAAACAUGCAGAGACCUGAUGCCAAUUUCGAACGAGUGGGUGUGCCUAAUGCAUAUGUCUGGGACACGCCGGAGGACAACAUCGUCUCCGAUCCUUUGAGCGAUACUUUCCAGAGCUUGUGGAAUAGUCGAGCACGAACGAAUACCGAUGUGUUCCGCCAGGCGUUCCGAGCAGUGCCCGACGACAACGUGACCACCUGGGAGGACUAUAAGGAGUUUUACGAAUAUUACUUUCACAACAGUGACGCGCAAGCUCAAGGAAAACCUGGCCACACUUUGCCGCCGAGGGUUGAGUAUGGCCAUGUGGUUAGAGACGAAUUCCCUGGUGGAGUUCACGAGUUGAAAGAGCUAUUAAGCCAAGUCAAAGGGACACUGGUGGAAAUGCCCUUGUGUUUCUUGCAGCACGAGGAUAUUGCUAAAGAAGGAUUGACCUUGAAUCCCUUGACGGAAGAGAUCUAUACUUGAGCAGAUAGAAGCGAUGACAUCGUAUAAUGGCUAGAAGGUGCUUGGAUGAUGUAGUGAUGACUGGAUGAUGAAUGAACUAGAUUGCAUUGUAGAUUUCAUAAGGUUGACUACCAGCCAUAUAUGGACCUGGCGGGCGGCAGACUGGACAGACAGAGAAAAAGGGGCUGCCAAAGUGUGCAGUAAUGCUUGCCCGUACAUCAGUUACGGUAGCGUGUAAAGACCACCCAUUUUCGCCUUG